UUUUUUUAAUUCGGCAGAGUCAUAUCCAAAAUGAAAGAGAGUUAUUUCAAAACAAUUUAUUUACCCAAAUGGAGCAUUACAACUAUGGAGGAUUAGAAGAUGAAGAGUUUUUGGAAGCCCAAAACCAACUUCAUCAUUAUAAUGAUGGAUAUGUUUAUGGGGUGGAUGACCAAACAAAUAUUAAUUUAGAACAUCCAAUUAGCACAACUGAUGUUCAAUAUGCUUCUGAAGAUGGAAAUUUGAAAGAAGAAAAAGUGGGAGAGGGAGUGGAUGAAUUGACGACUGAAGAAAUGAGUGAGUUUGUUGUUUUGGAUAAGGGGAGGGGAAGGAGGUAAGGGAAGUGUUGGAGGGGAGGUCUUGAAGGUUGCUAUAUGAGACAGUAUUUCUC